AUGUUGGCCAGGUCGGCAAGAAUUUACACGUUAAAACACUCGAAUAUUGCUCAGAGAGCAUUCUAUGCAACUUCAGAGGCCCCGUCAACGUUGGCAACGUCGAAUUCGACUCCAAAAGUUAUCAGCUCGUGCCCGAAGGAUACUGUGAUGCCGGGCCUUGCUUGGCUCAAAGGUCAAGCCCCUGUCGUUGCUCUCGCAGACGAAGAGUAUCCUCCUUGGCUCUGGACGAUACUGGAACCCAGGAAGUAUACGGAAGAGGAAAUGAAGCCUGGAGGACAAGGGUUUAAGGCUCAGAUGCGUAAGGAGCGGCGAGCAAAGAUUCGACUUUCAAAUUUCAUGAAGACACAGUGA